AUGAAGUGGGCAUCCAGUGGCACACUGCUGGCUCUGCUGGCCUCGCGAGCAGCGGCCUGGCCAUGGAACGAAUCUUAUGCUGCCUACAACUUCAACCAGAACAAAACCGCUACCGAUCCGCUCGAUUAUUGGGGCGAAUGGCCCAACCACACGGGCAAAUACUUCCCCUCCCCGGAGAACUGGCGAGUCCCCGUCUACACGCUGUUCCUCGAUCGAUUUGUGAAUGGAGAUCCUACCAACGAUAACAUCAACGGGACGUUAUUCGAGCAUGAUCUCUCGUCGACGCAGAUGCGUCACGGUGGUGAUGUGGCAGGUUUAUUGGAUACGUUGGAUUACUUACAAGGCAUGGGAAUAAAGGCACUAUAUCUGGCCGGAACCCAGCUGAUGAACCAACCCUGGGGGUACGAUGGUUAUUCGGCCUUGGACACGACUCUGUUGGACAUGCAUUACGGUGACUUGGAGACCUGGCGCAAUGCGAUCACGGAAAUCCACAAGCGUGGAAUGUACGUGAUCUUCGACAACACGAUUGCAACAAUGGGUGACUUGAUCGGAUUCGACGGGUACCUCAACACCACCACGCCGUUUUCGGUCCACGAACAUCCCGCAAUGUGGAAGACCGACCGGCGGUAUGUGGAUUUCGACAUCGGCAACGACUACAACUCGACGUGCGACUACCCCCGGUUCUGGUUCGAAGACGGAUAUCCCGUGCAGAAGACGGUGACGGACCAAUUGGUGGGCUGUUACGAUAGUGACUUUGACCAAUAUGGUGAUGUCGAGGCGUUCGGUGUGUUUCCGGAUUGGGAACGUCAGUUGGCCAAAUUCGCCUCGGUCCAGGAUCGUUUGCGGGAGUGGUACUCCCCCGUACGCGAACGCCUGAUCCGCCACUCGUGUAUGAUCAUUUACUCUCUGGAUAUCGACGGCUUCCGGUACGAUAAGGCGACUCAAUCGACGGUGGACGCCUUGGGCGACAUGUCUGCAGCAUACCGGGAGUGUGCUCGGGCGGUGGGCAAGGAGAACUUCUUUAUUGCCGGCGAAAUCACGGGCGGUAACACCUUUGGUUCGAUCUAUCUGGGCCGAGGUCGGCAACCCGACCAGUGGCCUUCGGCCGAGGACGCGAUGAAGCUCACCAACGAGUCCGCUCCUCAGUAUUUCCUGCGCGAGGAGGGUCUGAACGCCAUUGAUGGCGCCGCCUUCCACUACUCCAUCUAUCGUUACCUGACCCGUUUCCUGGGGAUGGACGGUAAUUUGGAGGCUGGAUAUGAUUUGGAGCCCGAUUUGGUCACCGCCUGGAACCAGAUGGCCCAGACCAAUGAUCUGGUCAAUCCCAACACUGGUGUAUUCGACCCUCGGCACAUGUACGGUGCCACCAACCAGGAUGUUUUCCGUUGGCCGACCGUCGAAAAGGGUGUUCAGAGGCAGUUGUUGGGCACGUAUGUCACCACCCUGGUUCUCCCGGGUAUCCCUCUCCUGCUUUGGGGUGAGGAACAGGCCUUUUACAUCCUCGAUGCGACUGCCUCCAACUAUAUCUUCGGACGUCAGGCCAUGUCGCCUGCCACCGCGUGGCGCGACCAUGGAUGUUUCUCGCUGGAGUCUUCGCAGUAUUACAACUGGCCCAUCGAGUCCGGUCGCAACGGUUGCAAUGAUCAGACUGUGACCUAUGACCACCGCGAUCCAUCGCAUCCUGUCCGGAACAUCAUCAAGCGCAUGUAUCAGCUGCGCGAGGCCUUCCCGGUUCUGAACGACGGGUACUCGCUCAGCUCUUUGUCCAACCAAACCGAGCAGGUGUUUUACCGUGGUUCCAACGGAACCGCUACCGAGACCGGUAUUUGGUCGGUGAUGCGCGACAUCAAUUCGGAGGUCCAGGACCUGGGAUCCGCCGCAGCGAACCAGUCGGUCUGGUUGGUGUAUCACAACGUGAACCGUACCAUUGACUAUACCUUCGACUGUAGCCGGGAGAACUACUCUCUCGUGGCUCCCUAUGAUACUGGCACCUGGGUCAAGAACCUGUUCUUCCCUUAUGACGAACAGAAGCUGAUCGAUAGCCCUUACAAGAAGGGGUUCAAUGGAUCCACUAAGUAUAACGGUUGUUUGGCUAAUAUGACGCUGGAUGCCUAUGCCUUCCGAGCCUACGUGCCUCGCUCGUCCUGGGUGAAGGCGAAGCCCAUGAUCACCAAGUUCACACCCGGACACGAUGUCCCGGUUGUGUCGACGGUGGCCCCCAACGAGGAUGAAGAGGUCAAGGUUGCCCUGUAUUUCAACGAGGAGAUGGACUGUGACGGAAUCUCCGACUCGAUUACCUUCAGUUCGUCCACGGAGAACGGCAAGGUGCCGGUGCUCGACAAGAACAGCGCUACCUGCAAAAACAUCACCAUCAACGAGACGCAGUCGGAGUGGAGCGGACACAUCCCCACGGCCUUUGUCUGGGAAGCCACGUUGACCGGGGUGUACAACGGUAUCCACCGCAUGACGGUGAGCAACGUUACCAACAAAGCCCGUGAUGAUCAAACCAACGCGAUCGACCACUUCCUCCUCCGUAUCGGUCAGAUUGAUAACCCUAUGAUCCACACCACGGCCAACUACUCGACCAGUCUGCUCCACAAGUAUGACAAUGGCAGUCUUUUCAUCCAACAUCACGCUGCGGGUGCUGAUAAAUAUCGGUACUCGACCAACUGGGGCACUACCUUUUCCGACUGGCUGCCGUACUAUGGUGGUAACGACACCAUUACCGAGUCCCCUUGGUCCGGUACUAAGAAACAAUCGUGGAAGGGCCAUCACGUCCGUAUCGAGUAUUGGAGCCGCUGGACCGGUAGCAGCGAUUACGUGCAGGAGGGCGAUGCGGAUUGGGACCACAUGGUGCCUCGUCGUUUCCCCCAUAUCUUUUGGAACGGGCCUUACAACCAGUACGGGUACGAUUCCGGCUUGGAUAACGUGGUCAGUCAGGACAUGGGUUCGGGAUUCUGGAAGUAUCACUUCACGGCCGAGUGGCCCGCGGUGGCUCAGUUGAAUAUCUGGGGCAUGAACCCUGACGGACAACCGGAUCAGAGCUGGGUGUUGGGCGAUGCUGAUAACGAUUCGGUUCUCGACCGCAUGCCUCCUUCCUCGCUGUCGGCCACGCUGAUCAACAUCACCAACCACCCUCCAUCCCCGUACAUCUCAUGGAACGUGAUCAUUGACGAUGCUACCAUGCGCUUCCGGUUGUACCCGGUCGGCAAACAGGCCACUCAGAUUGCCAUGUUCGUGCUCUUCUGGAUCAUUCCCCCGAUCAGCGGCGCCGCCUGCGUCUGGGUGUUCAUGAAAUCGUUCUACAAAGUUAAGUUCAACCAGGUCGGUGUGACCGAGAAGCACAACAUGAUUCCCCUGGCCAUCCGUCGCAAGUUCAAGAAGCGUCCUCGUGGAACUGAGGAGAAGGAAAUGGGCGCGUUGACCCGUUUGGCCAACAAGUCAGGCUUGUUGCAAACCUCGACGCCUCUCAGCGGGGCCGCGGCUGCCAAGCGUCGCAUGGUUCUCAUCGCCACCAUGGAGUACGAUAUCGAGGACUGGCAGAUCAAGAUUAAGAUCGGUGGAUUGGGUGUCAUGGCCCAACUGAUGGGUAAAACGCUCGGUCAUCAGGACCUUAUCUGGGUGGUUCCUUGUGUCGGUGGAGUGGAUUAUCCUGUGGAUACCCCCGCUGAGCCCAUGAACGUCACGAUCCUUGGCAACGACUACGAGGUGCAAGUGCAAUAUCACACGUUGAACAACAUUACGUACGUGUUGCUUGACGCCCCUGUCUUCCGCCAACAGUCCAAGUCAGAGCCGUAUCCCGCGCGUAUGGACGAUCUGAACAGUGCUAUCUAUUAUUCUGCAUGGAAUCAGUGUAUCGCCCAGGCGUGUAAGCGCUUCCCCAUUGACCUUUAUCAUAUCAACGAUUAUCACGGUUCGUUGGCACCGCUUUACCUUUUGCCCGAGACUAUUCCAGCGUGUUUGUCCCUGCACAAUGCCGAGUUCCAAGGUCUGUGGCCUCUGCGGACCACCACGGAACGCGAGGAAGUGUGCAAGGUAUUUAACCUGAGCCUGGACGUGGUCCGCCACUACGUCCAGUUCGGUGAAGUCUUCAACUUGUUGCACUCCGGUGCUAGUUACCUGCGUGUGCACCAACAGGGUUUCGGUGCCGUCGGUGUCUCCAAGAAAUACGGUAAACGGUCGUACGCGCGUUAUCCCAUCUUCUGGGGUCUGCGUAAGAUUGGCAACCUCCCCAACCCGGAUCCUUCGGAUAUUGGUGACUGGGACAAGGAACAGGCAAAGGCGAUGAGCGGCGAUAUCGCCGUUGACCCAUCCUACGAAGCUGGCCGUGGAGACUUGAAGCGUCAAGCCCAGGAGUGGGCCGGUCUUACUGUCAAUCCGGACGCGGAUCUGCUGGUCUUUGUCGGCCGUUGGUCCAUGCAAAAGGGUGUCGAUUUGAUCGCUGAUGUGAUGCCAAGUGUUCUCGAGGCCCAUCCCAACGUGCAGCUGAUUUGCGUUGGUCCAGUGAUUGAUCUAUACGGCAAGUUCGCUGCCCUCAAGCUCGAUCAUAUGAUGAAGCUCUACCCUGGCCGUGUCUUCUCACGUCCCGAAUUCACGAGUCUGCCGCCCUAUAUCUUCUCCGGAGCCGAAUUCGCCCUUAUUCCUUCGCGUGACGAACCUUUCGGCCUCGUCGCCGUCGAGUUCGGACGUAAGGGUGCUUUGGGUAUCGGAGCCCGCGUUGGUGGACUGGGUCAGAUGCCAGGUUGGUGGUACAACGUUGAAUCGACGUCGACAUACCACUUGCUCCACCAGUUCAAGUUGGCUAUCGACGCGGCCCUUAAUUCCAAGGAGGAGACGAGAGCGAUGAUGCGCGCCCGGUCGGCCAAGCAGCGUUUCCCCGUGGCUCAGUGGGUUGAAGAUCUGGAGAUCCUGCAAACGACGGCAAUCCAGGUGCAUAACAAGGAACGAAGCAAGACAAACAACCGGCCAGUGACCCCCUCCGCCUCGAACUUCGCCCUCGCCCCGACUCCGGCCAGCCCCAUGCUGGCUCCGGGCAUGCAGACGCCUACGCUGCAAUCCCGCGAGAGCAGCUAUGCCAACCUCAACCGGCUCAGCGAGUACGUGGCCACCUCGGAAACCACCGAGAAGCCCGCCAGCGGUCUGCAACGCAAGCUGUCUCUGGGCUACCGCUCCGGCCCCGGUCACCGUCCGCGUGCGCAGCGUGCGGAUCCUCAGAACGAGAACAUCGUCGAGGCCGAGGAAGGCGGCGACGAGACCGACAUCGAGCACGACCCCCAGGACAACUUUGGUGAUGACGAGUACACGCUCAACCAUGCGGAACUGGAAGAGGCGCGCCGUCUGCAGGCCGCGCGGCAAUCGGGGGCUUUGGUCCCCGCCAGCCCUGGGUUCCCUCACAACAGUCUCGUUCCCUCCAGUCCUGGCACUCCUCCGACAGCCUCGCAGACUCUGUUGCCUCCGCCCAACAUCCACGAGGCCCGCAACCGUCUCAGUAGCGCCUCGAUGCUCUCCCUCGAUUCCGUGGUCGGCGGCAAGAAGGACUUCAAGCUGCAGAAGGUUGACCCCUUCUUCACCGACAGUACGGGCGAGUACUACAACUCGUUCGACAAGAAGCUCGAAGACCUGACGGGUGAGAACUCGGAAUCGCAGUUCUGUAUCGAGGAGUACUUGAUCCAGAGUGAGAAGGAAUGGUUCGAUCGCUUCCGCGAUGCUAAGUUGGGUCGCUUCAAGUCGCCGACGCCCUCCAUCUUCCGCGACAAGCACGGCGCCUCCCCCAUGGGCUCGUACAACGACGAGACUGGCUCGCGCAUGAGCGCCAGCAGCAACGAGGAGUCCAACGAGACCGACGACGAGUUCCUGCUGGGCAAGGACUACGUCCCACCCACGGGACUGCGGCGCUGGAUGCAAAUCCGCAUCGGCGACUGGCCCAUCUACUCGAUCUUCCUGUCGAUUGGUCAGAUCAUCGCCGCCAACUCGUACCAGGUCACCCUUUUGACCGGUGAAGUCGGUCAGACGGCCGAGAAGCUGUACGGCAUUGCCACUACAUACCUGAUCGCCUCGAUCUGUUGGUGGUUGGUGUAUCGCUACUUCAAGUCCGUGGUGUGUCUCUCGGCUCCGUGGUUCUUCUACGGCCUUGCCUUCCUGCUGAUCGGAUCUGCCCACUGGGAUACCAACGAGUUUAACCGUGGCUGGAUUCAGAACAUCGGCAGUGGUGCCUACGCGGUUGGAUCGUCUAGUGGUUCGCUCUUCUUCGCCCUCAACUUCGGCGACGAAGGGGGUGCCCCCGUGGAGGUGUGGAUCUUCCGCGCGUGCCUCAUCCAAGGCAUCCAGUCCGCCUACGUGAUCGCCCUCUGGUACUGGGGAUCGACCCUGACCAAGGCGUCCAGCGCCGGCGUGCUGACCAGCACGAACAACAUCGCCAACUCGUGGAAGAUGACCGCCAUCUGUUACCCGAUCGCCAUCGCCCUGUGGGCCGUGGGCAUCUUGUUGUUCUUGGGCCUUCCCACCUACUACAACCAGACGCCCGGCAAGGUCGCCUCCUUCUACAAGUCCGUCUUCCGGCGUAAGAUCGUGCUCUGGAACUUCGUGGCGGUCAUCCUGCAGAACUUCUUCCUGAGCGCGCCGUACGGCCGCAACUGGGGCUUCCUGUGGGGAUCGGCGCACGCGCACGGCUGGCAGAUCGUCAUCCUGUGUAUCGUCUUCUACGGCUUCGUCUGGGCCGGGUUCCUGUUCGUCGUCAGCCGCUAUUUCAAGGCGCACAGCUGGUUCCUGCCGGUGUUCGCCUGCGGACUGGGCGCGCCGCGCUGGGCCCAGAUCUGGUGGGGUGUCUCCGGUAUCGGCUACUUCUUGCCCUGGGUGACCGGCGGAUAUACAGGCGGUGCCUUGGUCUCGCGCAGUAUCUGGCUCUGGCUGGGCGUGCUGGACUCAAUUCAAGGUCUCGGCUUCGGUAUCAUCCUCUUGCAGACGCUCACGCGCACGCACAUGCUGUUCACCCUGAUCUGUUCGCAGGUGAUCGGUUCGAUCGCCACCAUCUGUGCCCGCGCCUUUGGCCCGAACAAUGUCGGGCCUGGUCCCAUCUCCCCCGAUCCGACCUUCGGUGCCAGCUCCGUGGCCAACGCCUGGUUCUGGGUGGCUCUGUUCUGUCAGCUUCUCGUCUGUGCUGGCUUCUUGCUCUUCUUCCGCAAGGAACAGCUGGCCAAGCCCUAG